AUCAGAAUGGAGCUAAGAUGGCAGUUACUCCAUUCGGGGCCAUGAAAACUCUCCUGCUUGCUGCUGUCUUAAUGAUGGCCUUUACCAUGCCGGCCAGGGCAAUUCCUAUUCCAGAAGCUGUGCCAAAUGAGGAAAGCCAUAAAGACUUGGACAUAGCAAGGGAAUACCUUCAGAACUUCUACAACCUGACAAGCACUACCACCAGAAGCAAGCAUUCCAUACAUUCAAAAAUUAAAGAAAUGCAAACUUUCUUUGGUCUUAAAGUGACCGGCAAAUUGGAUUCAGACACCAUGGAAGUCAUGAAGAAACCAAGAUGUGGUAUGGCUGAUGCUAAACAUUUUAGAGCUGCAGGUCAAAUGUCCAAAUGGAACAAAUACAGCUUAACGUACAGGAUUGUGAACUACACCCCUGAUUUGAAUAGAGGAAGUGUAGACCACGCAAUCCAUAAUGCCUUCCUGGUGUGGAGCCACGUCACUCCAUUAAGGUUCACUAAAGUUUUCAGUGAGACUGCUGACAUUAUGAUUAUGUUUCGUUCAAGAUAUCACGGAGACCGUAAUCCAUUUGAUGGACCCGGAAGAAUUCUGGCCCAUGCUUUUUUUCCUGGACCAGGAAUUGGAGGUGAUGCACACUUUGAUGAAGAUGAAACCUGGAGUGCUAAUAGUCAAGGUAUAAACUUGUUCCUUGUGGCUGCACAUGAAAUUGGCCAUUCUCUAGGUCUUGAUCAUUCUUCAGACCGUAAUGCCUUAAUGUUUCCAUCAUACACUUAUAAAAACCCAAAUGGAUUUCAGCUUUCAAAAGAUGACAUUCGAAGGAUUCAGGCUUUAUAUGCAUCUCUACAUCUCAAAGCCUGCAUACAUCUGCUUUUUUUGUCUGUUAAAUAUUUCUUUCAAUUCUUUAGUGAUUUCAUCACGCAGGGUACGCCUACCUGUAACGCUUUAUAUAAAAUCUACACCAAAAGAGCUUACUUCAGUUUGCCACAGCAAAAACACGUAGAGAUGGAUGCUGUCAGAGCUUUCAUCUUCCUUGUUUUAACCAAUUCAGCCACAGUUUUUUCUGCCCCUGUGUAUGCAAGUCACCUUUCAGAAGAAGAAGGCACCAUUUGGCCUGGUGGAGACAGCCAACUAAGCAAUGAAACGUUCAACCAAGCAAAGGGUUUUCUUACGCGUUACUUUGGUGAUUCUUCAGCGGAGAUGCCCACUUCUAAUUUUCGAAAGUUGGUGAAAACGUCUUUGAGGAACAAACUGGAAAAAAUGCAAGAGUUUUUUGGGCUUAAGGUCACAGGAAAGUUAGACAAAACGACACUAGAUGUGAUGAAGAAACCCAGAUGUGGUGUCCCUGAUAUUAGUAGAUACGGGCACUUUUAUGGGCAGCCCAAAUGGGGAAAGACUGACAUCACCUACAGAAUCACACAGUAUACCACAGAUUUGAAUAAAAGAGACGUGGAUACUGCCAUCGCUCAAGCAUUCAAAUUAUAUAGCGAUGUUAUUCCACUAAACUUCAUUCAGAUCUACAGUGGCAUUGCAGACAUCAUGAUCCUUUUUAAGGCGGGAGCUCAUGGAGAUUUCUUUCCUUUUGAUGGGCCUUAUGGAACGUUGGCACAUGCCAAUUCACCUGGACCUAGUGAAGGUGGUGAUACUCAUUUCGAUGAAGAUGAAACAUGGACUUUGAGUCCUCGAGGAAUAAACUUGCUUCUUGUGGCAGCUCAUGAAUUUGGUCAUGCACUUGGACUGGAUCAUUCUAGGGAUCCAUCAGCACUAAUGUAUCCCACUUAUCAAUACGUGGACACACGUGGCUAUCAGCUGCCCAGAGAUGAUAGGCUUGGUGUGCAAGCUUUAUAUGGUUCCCGGCAGCCAAAUAGGCCUGAACCAGCAAGACCAACUGAGAAGCCUAAGCCUCAGCCAAAUCCUAAACCUAAUCCCAACCCAGGGGACCCAGCUUCAACUGUGCCAGCAGUGCCAGAACAGUGUAAUAGGGACCUGGUCUUUGAUGCUGCAACAAGCAUUAGAAAAGAGCUUUAUUUCUUUAAAAAUGGAUACUUUUGGAAAAAAAGUACUUUAUUUAAUGGAAUUCAGUUGAACACCGUUAAAUCUGUUUGGCCUCAGAUCAAUGUUGUUGAUGCUGCAUAUGAAGUCCCUUUCAAAGAUACUACAUUUCUUUUCCAAGGACACCAGUACUGGGCUACUAGAGGUUAUUAUAGCUUAUCUGGAUAUCCAAAGGAAAUUUAUGAUCUGGGCUUUCCACACAGUGUAAGAAAGAUUGAUGCUGCUGUGUAUGUAGCAGACAUUAAAAGAACACUUUUCUUUGUGAGAUCAAGAUACUGGAGUUACAAUGAAGAGAAAAGAACAAUGGACAGAGGCUAUCCCAAACACAUCAAACAAGAUUUUCCAGGAAUCGAAGGAAAAAUAGAUUCAGCUUUUGAAAACUAUGGUUUCCUGUACUUUUCCAAUGGUCCUCGUCAGAGUGAAUAUGAUUAUAAGAGACAAAAAGUGGUUCGGGUCUUAUUGAAUUAUGGCUGGCUGGAUUGCUAUUAGCAAGCUGUGGAUCUACACAACCCUGCAACCUUGGAGUAGGCUUAGAAAAAUGAAUGAACAAAUUGCUAUUAAUCUUAUUCAGUUAGUCUUGAAGAAUUAUAAAUAGUAUAUAGUCACAAUACAAUCUGGAAAGAGUGACACCAAUGGUGUAGGAUUUUAAUGAUAACUCUACUUUGAUCUUUUUACUGAAAAAUGUUCUUGUUAAGUUGAUUGGUAGCUUUUAAUUGGCCCUGUGGUUGUGUGAGUGUGCUCUCCACAUUCAAAGCUGCCUGUUAGGAUAUGCUCCACCUCUCUGUGACCUUUAACUGGAAUAAGUAGUCUUGGACAAUGAAUGACUGUUUCUGCAGGGUGUGUGUGCGUGUGUGUGUGCGUGUGUGUUUGUGUGUGUUUGUGUGUGUGUCAGCUGGUUCCUGACUUGAACUUGAUGCUAAUUAAGCUUUGGCUUUCUGCAAGCCUGUAACAGGAAUGCAGUUUUGUGGAAAAAAAAUGCAAGGAUGAAAAAUGUUCUCUUUUUGGAUUUUAUUAUGUUCAGAAUUUUAAACAAUACUUAUUUGCAAUACGUUUCAACUGCUGUUGAGCACCACAUGCUAUAAAGUAUUUUACUUUUACUUCACGUGGCCUAAUAAUGAAUUAAUGUUGCUGUAAUUAUUAUUUUAAUUGUGGAAAAAAAUAAGAUCUACAAGUAUUUUUUUUUUAAACACAGACUUAUCAAAACUAAUCAGCUCUAUUUAAGUUAUAAAUGUAAUUUUAAAUAAUCUUUUAUAAACUCUGAUUUUUUUUUAAACAGAGUACAAUUUAUUUUCAUUAAUAAUUUGUAAAAAUUAUUUUCUGCACAGAAAUACGGUAGCCCUGUAUAUAUUAUUUUGGUAAUAUUGUUA